GAAACUUCUUUUUGGUAUGAUAAUUGGUCACAAAUGGGGAGGCUUAUUGAUUACACGGGUCAGAGAGGAUGUAUUGAUAUGGGGAUAACAAUUCAGUCCUCACUAGCAGAGGUGAUUGCAACACAUAAAAGAAGAAGGCACAGAGUUGAAAAUCUCAACAAAAUAGAGGCAGAGAUUGAUGCAAUUAAAACAAAGGGGCUGACACACGAAAGAGAUGUAGUGCUAUGGAAAGGCAAAGGAGAUCGAUACAAGACCAAAUUCAGUACUAAUGAGACAUGGGACGCAAUUCGGGAAGCUAGGCCAUGUAUGGAAUGGUGCGAGGGUAUUUGGUUCCUCCAUGCCACACCCAAACACUCUUUCAUAUCAUGGCUUGCAAUAAAGAAUCGCUUAGCAACUGGAGACAGAAUGCUAACUUGGCAAAAUGGAGUAGACCCGUCUUGUGUUUUCUGCACUCAACAAAUUGAAGACAGAGACCACCUCUUCUUUAAGUGUUGCUAUGCUGAAGAAAUCUGGUCUGGUUUGAGCCGUAAGAUACUUGGACAGAAAUUCACCACAUCGUGGAGUGAUGUUCUCAGGAUCCUCACAGACAAGUCGUUGCGCAGAGUUGACCUAUUCCUGGUACGGUACACUUUUCAGCUAGCCAUAUACUCAAUAUGGAGAGAAAGGAACAGUCGGAGGCAUGGAGAAACACCAAUACCACCACUACAGCUGCUUCAAACUCUUGACAAACAAGUUCGGAACAGGAUCUCCUCGAUUCGAAAACAAGGAGAUAGGAGG